CUCUCUCUCUCUCUCUCUCUCUCUUCCCGUCUCUCUGAAGCAUCUGUGACCUCCAAUGGCGUCCAUCGCCGAGCCCUAACUAACUCUCUUUUUCCUCACUCUCGCCUUUCCGUUUCUUCCCCCUCAGAGUUCGUGAUCGAUUUCAGAAUCGGAGAAAUUGUACGCGCGCGACUUUAGAGUGAAAAAUGGACAAGAAAUUUAAUGGUCCUACCGGAGCUUCGAGCUCCGUCGAUGGUGGAACCGCGACAGCCUCUGGUUCUCAGUUCCGGUCUCCCAAUUACAGUCGCAGAGCUGUUCAGGAAGCAUUGGAGCACUUGGCAUCAAUUGAUCUUAUUGAAUUAUGCAAUGAAGCAAAAGUGGAGAAAUGUCGAGCAACAAGAGACUUGAGAAGCUGUGGGCGGCCCGUAGAGUGUGCAUUGAACUCCUGUGGACAUGCUUCAUUAUGUGGAGAGUGUAGUAAACGAUGUGAUCUUUGCCCCAUUUGUAGAAUCCCAAUACCAAAGGAAAACAAUGGUGUUAGUCUCCGUCCACGGCUUUUCUACGAGUGCAUUGAUGCUGGCCUUAUCUCAAAAAUACAUGAUGACAGAUUUCAAGAAAAAGAAGAUGGGGAAGAGCAGAUAACUGCUGAUGUCCAACACCUUUAUUGUUUGUUUGAUGUUGCCCUGGAGAAUAACUUAGUUUCUUUAAUAUGCCAUUAUGUUACGGAUGUUUGUAUGGAUGAAAGUGCCGUGUCCAGUGACCCUGUCAUUGCUUUCUUGUUGGAUGAAGUUGUUGUCAAGGACUGGUGUAAGCGGACAUUUGGGAAUAUCAUAACAGAACUACAAGGGAUUUAUAAUCUUGACGUAGCAGAAAUAAAAAAUAAGUUAAGCACGCUUCUUAAGUAUUCUGUCCAGCUGGCUGGCAUAUCCAAUGUACUUGAAGUGUUACAGUCGUCUUUCAAAGGUUCUCUUUCAGCUCAGCUUCAUGAUCUGCACUUCCUUCAAGAAAGUAUUUUGAAGACAAAGCAGCAUUUGGAGAUAAUGAUUUGGUGUAUAAGACACCAAUUCCUUGAGAAUGUGUCGUCUCGCUAUACUAAUGUCACAUCAUGGCGUUCUCAUGUUCGUGAAAGGAAAUCAGCUGCGAUUAGGCGUGCAUGGCCGGAUCCAAUAAGUAACUCUGAAGAGUCUGUUAGACAGGAAGGUUCCCUGUUCAUUGAAGAUGCACUAACUAAUCUCGAGAUAGAUCAUGGAUACACGCAGGAAGUGGGAGAGGAAUUAAAAGUUGCAUUUUUGCAGAAGGGUGGAAUUUCAUCAGUUUUCAGGUCUAAGAUAGAGGGAGUUGUGGGCUGCUAUCCAUUUGAAAGUCUUCGAGCUGCCAUUGAUAUACUAUUCUUACGUGGUAGUUCUGAUAUGGUGGUGGCAAAGCAAGCAAUUUUUCUCUACUAUCUAUAUGAUCGGCAUUGGUCAAUGCCGGAAGACAGAUGGAGACACUUCAUAGAGGACUUUGCUGCAUCCUUUGGUAUCAAUAGACAUUUACUAUUGGAAUCAUUAAUAUUUUAUCUUCUGGAUGACCUAAAUGACGAGGCUAUGCAGGAAGCGUGUCGCCUGCUUCCUGAGAUCUCAGGUCCAACAACUCAUCCUAAGAUUGCACAAGUUCUUCUGGAAAGAGGAAAUGCUGAUGCAGCGCUUUUGGUUUUAAGGUGGUCUGGGCGUGAUGGUAUGUCACAGCUUGUUUCACUUGGUGAAGCUGUCACUGCAGUUAGGGUGAGGGUAGAGUGUGGGCUUUUCACUGAGGCUUUUCUACACCAAAGAAUGCUAUGCACCAAAGUCAGGGAAAAGAAGUAUGGGGCUUCUGCAGAAGCACCUGAUGACGAACGUAGGAGUUGGAAGGAUUGGGUGGAGGUCUUGGUGGCUGAAAUCUGUUAUCUUUGUAUACGAAGGAACAUGGUAGAUCGAAUGAUAGAGUUGCCUUGGAAUUCUGAUGAAGAGAAACAUCUUCAUAAGUGCCUGUUAGAUUAUGCUAUUGAUGAUCCUUCUUCAACUGUUGGAAGUCUUCUUGUUGUAUAUUAUAUUCAGCGGUACCGGUACUCCCAAGCUUACCAAGUUGAUCUAAUACUUAAGGGUGUGGAGCAGGAGUUCAUUACAAAGAAUUCUCUCAGUGAAGAAGUUUUAUCUAGAAUGAGAUCAACCAGUGGCUGGAGAGCAGGAUUAGUUGAAAAAUGCAUUGCAUUGCUACCAGAAGUCCAACGACAAGAAGUUAUGGCUGGAAAAUCAUCUGAGCUUACCGACACUACUGGCAAUGAAGUUGAAAUGCCUGAAAAAUCUGAUUUUCCUGAAGUGCUCAAUCCAAAAUCAACUAGUUUAUUGAUCCCUUCAUCAAAUGAUUCUUCCGUUGCUACAUGGACUGAUCAUACAGCUACCUGGAAGCCAUUGGAAACUCCCCAAAGAAGAGGUGGAUCUUUUGACAAUUAUAACUCUGAAAUUGGUAAUCAUGGUUCUAGUCUCCGCGGAAGGUUAUUUGACAAUGCUGAAACAGGACUAACACCUCAAGUUAGUAUAAGUAAAAAUUUUAAAUUUGGGAACAAGUCGAUUCGUCACGUCAGUCCUGCAAAUAUGACACUGUUAAAGGACAUGAACAGAACUCCGUCAAGAGGGAUUCCAAAUAGCAAUCUCCAGGACAAUCAUUCAAAUAAGCUAUCACCAGAGGUGGAGACGGAAAGAAGCAGGUUCAUUGACCAACUCGACAAUGGCGGUCCAUAUUUCAGCAGUUUUACAGCUAAUCCGGUAACUACACCAAGCAGUAACUGUGGCCAGUUUAGAUAUGCUUCGGGGGACCUUCAGCGAAGUGUGACCAGUAAAAGGGUCCAUCCGGAAAGAGAUGAUACACCAUGGAAUAUUGCUUCCGCAGAUGAUUUGAUGGAUGUCUCUUGGAGCGACGCGCAUAAGGAUUUUGCCAGUGGGGACAUAAAGGGUAAUGGUGGACCAAGAUGGAGGUCAGAUGAAACCAGUGACGACGAAGAUCAACAAAGUCCUGAUAGAACUUUGGGAGUCACUCAUCGUACCACUCCCAUGAGGCGUGUUAGAAGAAGCAGGUUUGCGAAGAGAUGAAUAUUUCACACUGCCUUUGUCUUGUUGACAGAAGCAUAUCGUUGUUCUGCUAUGAUAUCUUCUUGUGUUGGAUAAAACGAAACUAUAAAGAGCCAGUAAUGAAACAAAGCAAGAGUUGUUUUUCUACGAUUUUGUGCUGCUGAGUUUGCAGUUUCCGCACAAGGGCAUUAGUUCUAGUACUUUCCCAUCACUCUGUAGCUGUACAGCCCAAAUUUGAAGGAGAUGGCAAAUUUGAUGGCGAUCUCCUUGCUUCAGUCAGGUGAUCGGAUAUUGAGAUUGAGUUUACUGACAACAAAUGGUGUCAGAUUAGCGGAAUUUUCAAUCCCCUAUCAUGUAAUGGCAAUGUUGAGGCAGGUUCUGACAGUUUCAAUCUUUUUCCAGUUGUAAUUUUCAACAUACUUCUGAUGCUAAUAGGAACAAAUGUUUACCAAUGUGCCCAAAUGAACAAAAGAAUGCGCACAGAAAUUUGGUAUCAGAUUGGUAUAAAUACUCGACGUGAAAAGUUUCCAAGCUUCAAA